AUGUCUUAUCAAUUUCAAGUCCUUGCCGUGGUGAGGGAGAAUUUCAGUCUGGUACUCCUGUCUUUACCUCUAAUACUACUAUUCUGGUAUUUAUGGACUGCCUUCAGAUCCCCGUUGAGACAAUAUCCCGGACCGCUACUUGCGAAAUGGACAAACCUGUGGCGCCUAUACCAUGUUUCAACUGGAAACUCACAUCAAGUCUUUCAUGACUUACAUAAGAAGUACGGGCCUAUCGUUAGACUGGGUCCGAACCUGCUCGACCUUGACUAUCCCGAGCUGAUCAAGACUAUAUAUAAUAUCCAAGGGAACUGGAAGAAAACAGAAAUGUAUCACGGCAGUUCAGCCAAGGCGGAAGGGAAAAUCAUCUACAAUCUGUUCAGUGAGACCAACCAACACGAACACAGUCGACAGAAGAGACCUAUCGCAAAGCUGUAUUCUGCCACUGGGGUAUUGGCUUUGGAGACUCAUAUGGACCAAAUGAUUCAGAAGCUGUGCGAAGUAUUGGCAACUCAAUCAAGUGACAAGACUGGAGAGGGGAAAGUACUAGAUCUUGGAGAAUGGCUGCUCUAUUUCGCCUGGGAUCUUGUUGGCGAGAUCACAUUCAGCCAACCCAUCGGCUAUCUCGACAAGGGUCACGACUUUGACGGAACCUUGGCCAAUGCGGACCAGACCAUGGACUAUUUCGCCAUGGUUGCCCAGAUGCCAUUUCUCGAUUACAUCUUUGACAAGAACCCCGUCUGUAAAUUCUUUGGCCCGCCGGGCUUUGCUACCAUUACGCAGAUUUCCAUCAGGCAUCUGCUGGAUCGCUACGCCGGCAAGGACGGUAGCUACCACGACGCGUCCCAGCCGGACUACUUGGAUCAUUUUAUCGAGGCAAAGAAACUUCAUCCAGACAUUGUAGACGACGCCCAGAUCAUCUCGUAUCUCAUGAUCAACAUGAUUGCCGGAGCCGACACGACAGCCAUCACGAUGCGCGCCGUGUUCUACUAUGCUCUCAAGGACCCCGCCAUCUGGACCCGGCUGGAAGACGAAGUCCUCGGCUCGCCCCAGCAGCACCACCACCACCACCAUGACGCAACCCCGCUGUCCCUCAAAGAUGCCCGACGACUCCCUUACCUAGAUGCCGUCAUACGAGAGGCUAUGCGCAUCCACCCGGGCGUGGGCAUGAGCUUGGAGCGCUACGUGCCGCCAGAGGGUCUGCGCCUUCCCAACGGGCAAUACGUUCCGGCCGGAUCCGUCGUCGGGAUCAACCCAUGGGUAGUCCACCGGAACCCGGCCGUCUUUGGCGCGGACCCGGACAUGUUUAAGCCGGAGCGCUGGCUGCGAGAUGACGCCCGGGGCGAGACUGAGGAUGCGUACCAGAGUCGACUACGCCGGAUGAACCAGGCCGACCUGACGUUUGGCGCUGGUAGUCGGGUGUGCAUUGGAAAGCACAUUAGCACUAUGGAGGUCUUGAAGGUUAUACCGAGCCUCAUCUCCCAGUUUCGAUUCGAGCUUGAUGAUCCGAAGAAGGAGUGGAAUGUGGUGAAUAGUUUCUUUGUGCGCCAGACUGGGCUAAAGGUACGGAUACAACGUCGUUGA